CCGCAACCAGACGAGCUGUAUUUCAGUUCCCAGAACGAUCCAGAGACCUUGACAGCCCGUACUAGCCAUCCCCUUCCCAUGUCGUUCACUGGCGGAGAGUUUGCACCAAAGAUCUGCACUCUCCCACCCGAAGUCCUCGCUCACAUAAUGAUUCUGUCCAAGUCGCAAGGAACCUCAGACCCUUCUGUACAAAUGAUCCUCUUCAGCCACGUAUGCCGCCACUGGCGCCACGCCGCCCUCUCCUUUCCACACCUGUGGUCCCAUAUUGUCGCAGCAGACGGGCACUUCAAUACGAAGAGAAUACAGACGUCCCUAGAGCGAUCAAAGUCUACGCUUCUAGACGUCGAAGUUGAUCUUAGGGCCGCGCUCCAGCAGACCGACAUCGUCAUGUUCAGGCUGUACUCGGUGCUGUUCGAUCUGCUAAGGCAGACGUCCCGAUUUCGGCGCCUUGUCGUGCGUUCCCUACGGGACGCGCUUUCCCAUGGUCUUCUGGACACGCCUGCACCAUAUCUGCAGGAGCUUACGUUGAUCAAAGAGUCGGAAACGAUGCACGACGUGAGGCCGAUCUCGAUCCCCCACCCGCUGUUUGGCGGUGAGAUGCCGUCUUUGCGAGCCUUGUCGACGGUUGGAUUCGCCCCGCCCGAGGGCUCGCUGACCUUUUCCGGGUUGACUUAUCUUCGCAUCGCGGACGGAGUAUCCGACCGUGUAAAGCCCAUCCUUCCACAGAUUCUGAAUAUACUUGGUUGCUGCGCAUUGACGCUCGAGACGCUCGAGCUCUCUAAUUGUCUGGGACACAAUGACAUGCACCAUCCCGGUGAUUCCUUGACAGUACUUGCGAAGCUUAAACAUCUCGAAGUAAUGAAGAUAGGAUAUGCUGCUGUCGCAAAGCUCACAGACCGCCUUCACCUCCCCAGCGACAGCCAAAUCAACCUCCUAAACAUUGGAUUCGACUCCCCCGUUUCUGGAAAGUUCUUCUUCGAAAGCGUCCUCCCCAACGAUGUGUUCAUCCCGCACUGCCCGACUGCGCAUCCAGGACGGGACCUCACUCUUGUAUCAAACAGAUGCCUUCAGGAAUCCGUGGUCAUGAAGAUGUACGACAGAAGUAUGCAUGAAAGCGGAACACCGUGGCAUCACUAUGAGCCACCAGUGAAAGGGCUGCGACUGAACCUUUCUCUGGACUGGUUCUUUGUACAUAUCUUCCCCGACACGCUCGUUCGUGGUAUCUUCCAGGACGGACCCCCUUUGUCUGAUAUCCACACGCUUCGAGUCCAGGGUACAAACUAUCCCAGCGACGCAUCGUUCUGGGCGGGCCUGCUCAGGGGGGUCACCAACGUACACCGUCUCUCCAUCGGCUCAGAACUCGAAGCGACGCACGUUUCGUGUAUACUCCAAUCUCUCCUUCCCUCCCAGUCAGACGUAUCUCAGGAUGACCGACCUGCCGCUCUCCCGUUACCACAGCUCAGUCACUUGCACAUCUCGGCGAAGUGUAUUAUGGAGACAGACAAGGACUUUGUGCGCCGUGUGUUGGACGAGCGCGAACGAGCUGGAGCGAAGCUAGAAACCGUGACAAUUGCUGGUGGAGUCUCGCCUAGGACAGACCUACGAGCAUAUGCGGAAAGGAUUGGAGCCUCUGUAGUUGACGAUGAAAAGUGCGAGGAUGGGCUCGGGUAGAGGAGCUUACGACCUCCAAAGUCCGUCAGUUUAGUAGAGGCUGGAGGCACGCUCCAAGCUCCAAGUGCCCUGUUGAUCGUUUCCCUGCGUAGUCUCAAUAAAUAUGGGCACCGAGUACUAGUAAGACACUGGUUUCAGCCAUAGGCCAGCUUCCGAAUAGUAAGCAACCGGAGGUGAUUCUAAUGUCAGAAAGACCUAUCGCUUGCACCUGCGGGGGUUAUAAC